AUGCAUUUUAAUUUAAUAUUUAUCUAUUUUGCACAUAUUAAAAUUGUUCAUUCAAUUUUAAAUAUACCGGUUGGAUCAAUGUUUUAUGGAUCUGAACGGUUACUUUAUACACGAAUCAAUCCAUUAGCACGUCAAUAUAUUUUUGAUAAACUUGAACGACGUUUUCAAUAUAAUAUAACUGAAAUUUUUAAUACACUAGAUUUUGAUGAUUCCAAUAUUGAUACAUGGUCAACAUUAUGUAGUCAAUUAUCAAAUGGAAUCAUGUCAAUAAUCGGUCAUAUAAAUGUUGAUGAUUUCGAUUGGAUAUCUGAUUUUUGUUCAACAUAUCAAGUACCAUUUUUAAGUUUAACGAAUAAUUAUAAUGAUUUAAAAAAUAAUUUUUCUAUAUCAUUAAUGCCUGACAUCAUACCAGCAUUAACUUCUGUAUUACGUCGUUAUCAAAUAACUGAACUUGUUUAUUUAUAUGAUCAUACAUGUGGUGCUCAUCGUCUUAAACAACUUAUGCAAGUUCAAGUAUCAAAUUCAACACAAUAUUUAAAUAUCCUAAGUCGAUUUUUAGAUGAUCCAGAUGAUGCAUAUGAUCUAUUACAAAAUAUUGAGAUAAUAACAAAUACACCAACACAUUUUUAUUCAUUUGAUACAUAUCGUAUAAUAAUGGAUAAAAUCAAACAUCGUGGUAUGACAACAUCAGAUUAUCAUUAUAUUUUACUUUCAUUAAAUGCAAAAAAUCUUGAUAUGACAUAUUUUCGUUAUGGUGGUGUUAAUGUAACUUAUUUUUCUUUACCAACAAAUUUUGAUAAUCAAACAAAUGAAAAUUAUAUUCGUUUAUUAAAACAAGAUAAUCUUUUUCUAGUGGAAUCAUUAUUAUUAGCUGAUGCAUGGGAAACAUUAUUGCGUACGAUAAAUCGUAUGUUAAUUGCAUCGGAUAAUAUUCGAGAAAAAUUAAAAGUAUUUCGACAAGGAAAAUUUUAUAAUGAUUUAACACCGGGAAUUAAUUGUCGUAAUAGAUUUAUUCAACCAUGGACAUCAGGAAAUAUUUAUUUGAAUUAUUUAAUUAAUACGAGUUUUGAUGGUUUAUCAGGACAUGUACAAUUUUCGAAUAUAACUGGACAAAGAAUAAAUUAUACAUUAGAUAUUUAUCGAGUGACAGGAAAUGAAUUACCAAAACGUAUUGGAUUUUUUCAAGCACCAAAUACACUUCAGGUUUCUGAUAAUUCAUCCUAUCGUUCUCGUAUGUUAUAUGAUAAUCGAACACGUUUAAUUGUAACAAUAUUCGAUGAACCAUUUAUGAUGUUAAAAAAAGAUCGUAAUGAUACAAUAACAGAAAAAAGUAUUGCACCUGGUACUAUACUUGAUCCAUCACGUGUUGAAGGUUUUUGUGUUGAUUUAGCUGAAGCAAUAUGUCAUGAUAAAUUACAAAUUCCAUAUAAAUUUCUUAUUGAAACAAAAUAUGGAAAUGAAGUUGAAAAAGGUGUUUGGGAUGGAAUGGUUGGAGCAUUACUUAAUCGUGAUGCUGAUUUAUCUAUAGCAUCAUUAACGAUAAAUGGUGCACGAGAAAAAGUUGUUGAUUUUUCUAAACCAUUUAUUGAAUUAGGUAUAUCAAUAAUGAUAAGUAAACCUGAAAAACAAAAGCCAGGUGUUUUCUCAUUUAUGGAUCCAUUAUCAAAAGAAAUUUGGAUAUGUGUGAUUAUUUCUUAUUUACUUGUUAGUAUUAUUUUAUUUCUUGUUAGCCGAUUUUCAUCAUAUGAAUGGUAUUUUGAAAAUGAAUCGGAUGUUCAACCGCGAAAUAAAUUUUCUAUACAAAAUUCUUUAUUUUUUUCAUUCGCGGCUUUUAUGCAUCAAGGUGUUGAUCUUUUACCACGAUCGAUAUCAGGUCGAGUUGUAACAAGUGCAUGGUGGUUUUUUAGUUUAAUUCUUGUUUCAUCCUAUACAGCUAAUCUUGCUGCUUUUUUAACUGUUGAAAAAUUAGUUACACCAAUUGAAACUGUUGAAGAUCUUGCUAAACAAACAGAAAUUCGUUAUGGUACAUUAAAAGGUGGUUCAACAAUGUCAUUUUUUAAUAAAUCAACAAUAACAACAUUUAAACGUAUGUGGGAAUUUAUGCAACAACAUAAAGAUGAUGUAUUUGUCGCAUCAAAUCGUGAAGGUAUUGAAAAAGUUCGAAAAUCAAAAGGUAAAUUUGCUUUUCUUCUUGAAUCAACAUUAAAUGAAUAUGUUAAUGAACGUUUACAAUGUGAUACAAUGCGUAUUGGUGAAAAUAUUGAUGCAAAAGGUUAUGGAAUAGGUACACCACUUGGUUCUGAUCUUCGUGAAGCUAUAAAUAUAGCUGUAUUAGAAUUAACUGAAAAUGGUUUUCUUGAACGUUUAAAACAAAAAUGGUAUUAUGAAAGAAGUGAAUGUACAAAUUCGGGUUCAAAAGAUUCCAAACAAAGUCGACCACUUAAUUUAGCUAAUGUUGCUGGAAUGUUUUAUGUAUUAAUAAUUGGUCUUGGAAGUGCAAUGGUUAUUGCAUUUUUAGAAUUUUUAUUUAAAGCGAAAAUUGAUUCACUUCGUUUACAUGAAAAUAUCCGAGAAGUUAUGCGAAGAAAUUUAAGAAUAUCAAUAACUGGUAUUGAUUUUGAUGAGAAACUAAAUAGUAUUGAUUAUUGGCCAUUACAACAACAACAACAACAGCAACCACAACAAAUACGUCAAUUACCACAAUCACAAAAUAUAGAACGUACUGAACGAAAAUCGCCAUUUUCAAAUACACUUGAUAUACCGAAAACCGAUGACAAAGAUUUAUUUUUUCGAGGACCUAAAUUUGAUAAUUCUUCUCAUGUAUGA